AUGGAUCACCUGUCAUAUUUUUUUUGUUUAAAAGAUGUCACUAUGAUUAGUCGAUUUGCUUUGGUUGAAAAUAGCCAUGGAUCGCCAGAAGAAGCACAAACACUUUUUGAACAUGUCCUAACAUCCUAUCCUUCACGYAUUGAUGUAUGGAGUAUUUAUGUUGAUAUGUUGAUAAAAUCUAACAGAAUUGAUUUGGCUAGACAUGCACUAGAAAGAGCAACAAUACAAAAAUUAGCACCAAAAAAGAUGAAAAGUUUGUUUAAUAAGUGGAUGAURUUGGAAGGAAARCAUGGGACAUCUGAAUCUGUGGAUAAGGUUAAGGAAUGUAUGAAUAACUAUGUUGAUUUGAUUUUAAAAAAUAAAAAAUAAUCUUGUACAGUUAGUAAUAAAAUCAUUAAUAUUUUAAGAAUUAA